GGCAAGAAAGAAAAACACAGUGAAGAAGAGAGAGAAAACACACACAGAAAGAGAGAGAGAGAGAGAGAGCUCACUAAUUGACGGCGGCCGGAAGCUUCACCUCCGCCCAGCGCCACCGCUUUCCCGGCGGUCUUCAGUUCCGAAAACGGCAGCUCUCUUUCCUUGCCGGAGAUUCGUUGGCGUUCUUGCUUUCUGGUGCUUCAAAUACUGAGCUCUCAUCAUUUUGUAAUUCCUAGAUCGAACUCUUUCUCUGUUUCUUCACCCUUGUUCCUUCAAGCUGUUACAGCUCCUCCAAGCUCGAAUCGGUACUUUUCUAGGGUUUUCAAAACCCUUUUACCUUCAAAGAUUCGCAUCUGUUUCAGCUUGUGCCUUUUGAUUUCUUGCCUUUUUUAUCGCUGCUAAUGUGCCUGUUUUGUUGUGCUUCGUUCUAGUCUUCUCUGCCUUCUCUUCACAUUUUUUUUUUGGUCAAGUUCUGUUUGGUUCUCAAUUUCUAGCCGUUAGAGGCAACCAUACCAUAUAUAUAUAAAGUUAGAUUUUGCUUUAAAAAGUUCAAUAGUAGUCAUUUUAGCUCUGUUUCAACUUUAUUUUCAUCUCCAUUUUUUUUGUCUUUGAGUUGGGUUUCAUUGCAAAAUCAAACAAUGCCUUCAUUCUCUUGUUCUGUAUUUUGGGGAUUAUUGUGUUUUGGUUCUUAGUUCGUUAGACCCAUUUUAUUAUAGAUACAGCUUGUAUUCGAAGUUAGAAAAGGUAUAAUCUUUGAUGGAAGAUUGAAAAAACUGAUUAAUGUUUGUUUCCAGCUAGAGAUUAGAAAUGAAGUUGUUUAGUCUAUUACUAGUAAUUUUGAUGCUUCUAUUUCCUAUUUUUGUGAGAUCUUUGAAUCCAUCUCUAAACGAUGAUGUUCUGGGCUUGAUAGUCUUCAAAGCUGACCUUCAAGAUCCCAAUGGAAAAUUGGUUUCUUGGAAUGUAGAUGAUGACAGUCCUUGUAAUUGGGUUGCGGUAAAAUGCAACCCUAGGUCCAACCGGGUCUCGGAGCUUGUACUUGACGGGUUUGGUCUUACAGGACGGAUAGGCCGAGGCCUACUCCAAUUGCAGUAUCUCCAGAAAUUGUCACUGGCAAAGAACGAUCUUACUGGGAGCAUAAGUGCCAAUCUUACCCGUCUUGAGAACCUACAAGUUCUUGACUUGAGUGAGAAUAAUCUUUCUGGGUCAAUCCCUGGUGAUUUCUUCCAACAAUGUGGUUCUCUAAGGUCAAUUUCCUUGGCCAACAACAAGUUUUCAGGACAAAUUCAAGACAGUUUGAGCUCCUGCCUGACCCUUUCUGCAAUUAACUUCUCCACCAAUCAGCUUUCGGGUUCAUUACCUUCUAGUAUAUGGUCUUUGCCUGGGCUUAGAUCGCUUGACCUGUCAUAUAAUCUGCUGGAGGGUGAGAUUCCAAAGGGCAUCCAAGGAUUGAAUAACUUGAGAUCAGUUUAUCUGCAGAAGAAUAAGCUUACAGGUGAUGUUCCAGAGUGGCUUGGAGAAACGAGAAGCCUUGAGACGCUGGAUCUUUCAGAUAAUAGCUUUUCUGGCCAGGUUCCAACUUCAAUUGGGAAUCUUCAGUCCUUGAACGUGCUGAAUAUUUCCAUGAAUGCUUUAACUGGGAGUUUGCCAGAUUCUAUGAUCAACUGCAAAAACCUCCUGGUCGUAGAUUUCAGUCAGAAUUCGUUGAUGGGUAGUCUUCCUGCUUGGAUAUUUAAAUUGGGCAUACAGGAAGUUUUGCUGUCUGGAAAUAGACUAAGUGGUAGUAUGGACAGUCCUUUUUCUUCCUCGAUAGAAUACUCGCAUCAAAAGCUUCAGGUCUUGGAUUUAUCCCAUAAUGCAUUGUCGGGCAAUAUUCCAUCUGCUGUGGGAGAUUUUAGCAGCUUGCAGGUCCUGAAUUUGUCAAGAAACUCGCUCGAUGGUGGUAUUCCAGCAAGUAUUGGAGGAUUGAAGGCAUUGGAUACUCUGGAUUUGAGUGAAAAUAGUCUUAGUGGAAGCAUCCCUUUGGAAAUUGGUGGAGCUAUAUCUCUGAAGGAACUCAAUCUAGAGAAGAAUGCAUUGGCAGGGACAAUUCCAGCUUCCAUUCAAAACUCUUCGUCACUGUCAUUAUUGAUUCUUUCAAGGAACAACCUUGUUGGCCCAAUUCCUGCAGCCAUAGCAAAACUUACUAACCUUCAAAUUGUAGACUUGUCUUUUAACAAACUCACUGGAACCCUACCAAAGCAAUUGGCAAAUCUUCCCCAUCUUCUCUCCUUCAACAUUUCCCACAACCAGUUCCAAGGUGAACUACCAGCCGGUGGUUUUUUCAACACUAUUGACCCCUCUUCUGUCUUAGGCAAUCCAUCUCUUUGUGGUGCUGCAGUCAACAAGAAUUGCCCUACUGUCCUUCCAAAACCGAUCGUUCUUAAUCCCAAUUCUUCUGAUUCCACUCCCAGCUCAAUCCCCCAAAGUCUUGGCCACAAGAAAAUCAUCCUCAGUGUUUCUG